AUGUGUGAUCGACCUAUACAAAUAGCAGUUAUAGGUGAUAAAGCCGUGGGGAAAACAUCUAUUGUUCGUCAAUGGUUAUACAACGAUUAUUCUUCAUCAUAUUCAACAACUCGUUUAGCUACAUAUCAUUUUACAUCAUUAUUUAAUGGUCAACGUUUGUUUCAUAUACGUAUAAUUGAUACUCCACGUUUCGAUGAUACAAAUACUACAGAUCCUCAACAAGAAUGGGUACGAAUGUAUUGUUUUCGUCGUGCACAUUUAUUUUUAUUAGUAUUUGAUAUAAAUCGUGAAGAAACAUUUAGUUAUAUAAAAAAUAUUUAUCGUGAAAUAGUUCGUAUUCGAUUUAAUAAUAAUAAUAAUUUUUAUUCUCAACAACAAACAGAAAAUCUAGCUGAUAUUAUUAAUGGUGAUGAUGAACAAUCUACAAGUCAUUUACCUGUAAUUGUUGUGGCAAAUAAAGUUGAUUUUAUUUCAACUGAUUUACGUUUUGCAAAUAUAACAAUAACAAAUUCACGGGAUAUACAACAAUAUGUUAAGAAAAAUUUUAAAGCUAAUACAAUAUUAUGUUCAGCAAAAUAUCAUUGGCAUAUAGUUUUAGUAUUUAAAGAAGUUUGUCGCAUGUUAGAAACAGUUGAAGAUACCGUUGCUAAACAAGCUGCACAACAAGCUAGACGUCGACUUCAACAACAUGGCAAAAACUGUCAUGUCAUGUAG